UGCGGGACAGCUGUCGCCGGCAACAACCCCGGGUCGGAGACAGCGGCCGCGGCAGCGGGAGCAAGCUUCGCUGCAGGGAGCCGCGGCCGCCGCCGCCCCUGCACGGAAGGAACCUUGGCAGCCAACGGACCCUUCCUCGCUUUUGGAAAUGGCGGGUGAAAUCACAGAGCCCGGGGAGCUCUAUUCUCCCUAUGUCGGACUGGUGUAUAUGUUUAACCUCAUCGUGGGCACCGGCGCGCUCACCAUGCCCAAGGCCUUUGCCGCGGCUGGGUGGCUCGUCAGCCUGGUCCUGUUGGUGUUCCUGGGCUUCAUGAGUUUUGUGACAACUACCUUUGUGGUGGAGGCCAUGGCGGCAGCCAACGCUCAGCUCCGCUGGAAGAGAAUGGAAACCCAUCAGGAGGAGGAAGACGAUGGCUCCUCCACGGCCUCCGACAGUGAUGUUCUCACCCAGGACAACGACGCGCGGGCAGAGAAGCGGCCCAUCCUGUCUGUGCAGAGGCAUGGAUCUCCGAACCUUUUUGAGAUCACAGACCGGGUGGAGAUGGGGCAGAUGGCCUCCAUGUUCUUCAGUAAAGUGGGGGUCAACCUGUUCUAUUUCUGCAUCAUCACCUACCUGUAUGGGGACCUGGCCAUCUAUGCUGCCGCCGUGCCCUUCUCUCUCAUGCAGGUGACCUGCAGUGCCGUGGGCAACGACUCCUGCGGCGUGGAGGCCGAAGCCAAGUACAACGACACGGACCUGUGCUGGGGGCCCCUGCACCGCGUGGACGCCUACCGCAUCUACCUGGCUGUCUUCACCCUCCUCCUCGGACCCUUCACCUUCUUUGACGUCCAGAAGACCAAGUACCUGCAGCUCCUGACGUCGCUGAUGAGAUGGAUCGCUUUCGCCAUCAUGAUCGUGCUGGCCCUGGUGCGCAUCGGACAUGGGCGUGGGGAGGGGCGCCCGCCGCUGGCCGACUUCUCCGGCGUCCGGAACCUGUUCGGCGUGUGCAUCUACUCCUUCAUGAGCCAGCACUCCCUGCCGUCCCUCAUCACCCCCAUCUCCUCCAAGCGCCACCUCACACGCCUGGUCUUCUUGGACUACGUGCUGAUCCUGGCUUUCUACGGCCUCCUCUCCUUCACCGCCAUCUUCUGCUUCCGUGGUGACAGCCUCCUGGACAUGUACACCCUCAACUUUGCACGCUGCGACGUCGUGGGCCUGGCCGCCGUGCGCUUCUUCCUGGGCCUCUUCCCCGUCUUCACCAUCAGCACCAACUUCCCCAUCAUCGCCGUGACACUGCGCAACAACUGGAAGACACUUUUCCACCGAGAGGGGGGCACAUACCCCUGGGUGGUGGACCACGUGGUGUUCCCCACCAUCACCCUGCUGCCCCCUGUGCUGGUGGCCUUCUGCACACACGACCUGGAGUCCCUGGUGGGCAUCACGGGGGCCUACGCGGGCACGGGCAUCCAGUACGUCAUCCCCGCCUUCCUGGUGUACCUCUGCCGCAAGGACACCCAGCUGGCCUUCGGCUACGGGACCGUCAACAAGCACGGGUCCCCUUUCCGCCGCACCUUCUGGGUGGGCUUUGUGCUGCUCUGGGCUUUCUCCUGCUUCUUCUUUGUCACCGCCAACAUCGUCCUCAGCGAGACUAAGCUCUGAUGGCAGGACAAGUCUGGUGACGAGAGGGGUGGGGCCCCCCCGCCCUCCCCGCUGGCAGAGCCAAGGGCUAGUUGCCUCCCAGGUGUCCGUGGGGCAGGCAAGGCCCGGGCUCUUGGAGGGUACCCUCCACGCCUCCAGCUGGGGGGCUCCCCCACCCAGGAUUCCGCACAGUCUGCACCUCGCCUCACUUGCCGGGGUCACCCUCCUCCAGGUCCUCGUGCUGGGGCUGCCCCCAGCCAGCCGAGUCCCACAACCGGGCACACGGCUGCUCCUAGAUUCUAGGACUGGUUACUGGGAUCGAGCCCUCUGCUUUCACACACUCCACCACCAGGGCGGGCUCUUCCCCCGGAAGGGUGGAGACGCAGUGCUGGCACUGCCACUAUGCCAGACACGUGUCCCCCCCACCCCUUACCCCGCUCUCCCAGUCCCUCCCGCAUCCUUGUCUGGGAAAUCUCCAUUAGGGCAACCCCAGGUCCUACCCCUCCUCUCCACUGGGCCUGGCAGGGCUCACCUUCCCACCGGGCCUGGAGGUGCCGAGUGCCUCUCCUAGGGGAGUGCCUGGCCAGCUGACAACAAGGACCAUAAGUGCUACUUGGCACCAGGGUCCCCAGACCAGAGCUGGGAGGUGCCAGCUCCUGUCCUGGGCUUCGGAGCCCAUGAUGACUCCAGAGCAGCGGGUGGGAGCAGCCUUUCCACACGGGCACAGCAGCCCACGCACGGGGUUUAAAGCCCAGAGCUCUCGACCCCUGAAAGGGCGCCUCAGGCUUCCUGCGGGGGGGGCGGGGGGGAGCAGCGUACAAGGGCCACCAGAGGGGAGCUACCCCCAGCUGUCACCACAGUGGCCUGGGAGCACCCCGGGCAUGGAGCCCGUGGUUCCCACCCUGUGAGAGAGGUCGGGCCUGCCCCCCCCCCCCAGCACAUGGAGCAGAAGCUCUUACCUUACAGAAAAAACCCUUAGAACCCAUACACAGACUCUAGCAAAACCCUAACCAUCUACAUUUCAGUCUGAAUAAAGCACAGCUGUGGGAGUGCCCGGCCCUGCCCCCGCUCCAACACUAACAGUGGCUCCCUUUGGAGCCGAGCUGUGCGUGCUCAGCGUCCACGCUCUCCAUGUCCCUUGGGCGCUGUGGGGUGAGACGGGGCCCCGGCCACCAUUCCCAUGGAAGGAGAGCCAGGUUCCUGGGCACGUCACCAGCUCCACGUGCUCCCCUCCCCCCCAACAAUCAUGCAUGCACCUGCUGGGCCAGCCUUCCUCGGAGACACAUGGGACCCUAAAGAACUCUGCAUUUUCAAUGUGCCUUCUCCUGCGUCAGGGCCUGGGGGCUCCUCCUGACCCUCCCUCGUGUGGCCCCGGCCCUGGGCCUAAGCCCACUUGUCCUGGAGCCCACAGCAGCUGGGCCAGGAGCAGCCUCUGGGGUGGGGUCUCGGCCCUUCCCCCUCCCUCCGCUGAUUUCAGUGCCUUGCUCCUCUCUCCAGGGAACCCCUUGCGGCCUUCCCCCUGCAUCUCACCGUCAUUGAACUUUGGACAGAGCGAGGACGCCAGGUCUCCUGGGGCCCACGAUGGUCUCAGGGCAGGGGGACAUGGGAUUUGCAA